UGAGACACAGUUCGUCGCGCGCUCAGACGACGCGCACCGGGCGUCGAGCGCGGAAGGGCUUGUCAACGGUUCACGAGACAAUUUAGCGCGUCGGUAUACAAUUUUUGUGACAAUACUUUUGUUCUGUUUUGAUAGUGUACAGUCGAAAGUUUUGAGAAACCGAAGUACUUACUUGUUGAGCGUUAGUGAAGUGUGCACCGACAACCGCGACAGCGAACCAGUGUCAGACUAAUUAUUGUUUUGUUAGUGUUGAAGAAGUACUUGUGUCGCGAGUGAUUUGCAUGUGCAUACCUAACAUACAUUUUAGUUAUACAAAAUUUGUGAAACAGGAUCAAAUUAUUUGAACUUACAGAAAAGGCAUUAAGGCUCAUAGAUGAACUGUUGAUAUGCAUUUCAGUUAUCCGUUCCACUAUAUGAGCAAGAUAAUGAAGUGGUAUCAUUAGUGCUUGGCAUUGAGUACGCAAAUGUGUUUUGAUAGGAAACAAGAACGGUGGCGAGUCAUGUGCGGCAUCGGUGAGGAAGGUUGUCCAGUGAUGGUAGUGGAGGUCGGUUGAGGAGUGAUGUUGGUGCGGGGGUGCGCGGGGGGUGAGCUGCGGCACUCGCUGGCGGAGCGCACGAAGGCGCUGGCGGCACGCUGCCACGCACUGCGCUCGCCCGCCCGCGCUGAGCGCGCCGACCGUUCAGCCGAACGCCGCCGCCCUAGGCACCGCAAGUCGCAGACCCGAUGGUACGUCAAGCAGCCGACAUGGCGGUUGUGGGGCGAGGAGCGCGUGGACGGAGCCGUCUACACCGUCUACCUGAAGAAGGUCCGCUACCACCGGCCUACAAGGAGCGCAUCUAGUGAAUCAGACGAUGAAAUAUCGCACCUCGAGUGGGAGACGGUGCGCGUGCGCUUCGUGAAGGCGGGCACCGUAGAGCGGCUGGUGGAGGCGCUCGCCACCGACGACGGCGAGCUCGAGUCCACCUACGUCAACGUGUUCCUCGCCACAUACCGUUCAUUUGCGGAAUGCAGUCGAGUGCUGGAUCUCUUGCUGCGACGAUAUGAAGCCUUGGCUGCCGAGGACGUGGUCCCCGCCGCGGUCGACACCUCACAACAACAUAGAAAGACUCUGGUGGCAUGUCUCCACGUGUGGCUGGACACCUACCCGGAGGACUUUCGUCAACCACCGCACCACCCUGCACUGCAACAGCUACUCGCCUUCACCCAGCUUCAUUUGCCAGGAUCGGAGCUUCAUUCGAAGGUGUUACAGAAGUUAGCAGUAUUCAGUGCAGAACGCAACGGGUCCGGCGCGGGCGGCAGCGUGUGCCUGGCGCCCGGCAUGCGGCUGGCGGCGCACCACACCAGCGCCUACCGCCUGCCGCACGUGCCCCACCGACACUUCGCCGAGCAGCUCACGCGCAUGGACAUGGAGCUGUUCAAGAAGCUCGUGCCGCACCAGUGCCUCGGCGCCGUCUGGUCCCGCCGCGACAAGGACCGCUCCCACGACGCCGCCACGGUGCUGGCCACCGUCAACCAGUUCAACGCGGUCUCCUUUCGCGUCAUAUCGACCGUCCUCGUCGAGCCCAACCUCAGGCCUCUCGAGCGCGCCGAUAUCUUAGCCGCCUGGCUCGAUAUAGCCCGCGAGCUGAGAGUCCUCAAAAACUUUUCCUCGCUCAAAGCGAUCAUCUCCGGAUUACAGAGUAACCCGGUGUACCGACUCAGGAAAACGUGGGCUCUCCUUCAGAAGGAGAAGGCCGAACUGUACGAUGAGUUGGCGCGAAUAUUUAGCGAAGACAACAAUCGUUGGGCUCAGAGGGAGUUGUUGAUGCGAGAGGGCACCGCCAAGUUUGCCGAUACGGUGGGCGAGAACGAUAGACAGCUUCAGAAGUUACUCCAUGAGAGGGGCUCGCCCGGCGUGAGUCACGGAACGAUUCCGUAUCUGGGGACGUUUUUAACGGAUCUCACGAUGAUCGACACCGCCAUACCCGAUACAGUGGCGGAUGGUCUGAUCAAUUUCGACAAACGAAGAAAAGAAUUCGAGGUGCUGGCGCAAAUAAAACUGUUGCAGGGCGCCGCCAACGCGUAUCAUUUGCCGACCGAUCCGAUGUUCGACAGAUGGUUCGACUCGGUGAUAGUGCUCGACGACCGGGAGGCGUACCAGCUCUCGUGUCAGAUCGAGCCGCCGACUAAUCCGCCGAAGGACAGGCGGCCGAAGAAGAUGAACGACAACAACAAUCAAGGUCACAGGAAGAACGAUUCGAUAGCCAGCACGAGUUCGAGUAACUCGUCUCAGUUCUACUGCGAGACGGACGGGGCGGGCAACGCGUGGAAGCGGGAUAGUUUGGAGCGGCGCACGUCGCCGACGCGGCUGUCGCACGGCUCAUCGUCGUCGUCGCUGCCGUCGCUGGAUGUGUCACUAUCGAGCGCCAACAGCGGGCAGAAGGCCAACGGGAAAGCGGGUGGCGCAAGCCCGGCGCACGCUACGCGCACGGGGCCUGACUUCUACAUCAUCCGCGUCACAUACGAGUCAGAUUGCGUGGAGACCGAGGGCGUGGUGCUGUACAAGUCCAUCAUGCUGUGCAACAACGAGCGCACGCCGCAGGUCAUCCGCAACGCGAUGCUGAAACUUAAUCUCGACGGCGAUCCAGAUGGAUACACUUUAGCACAAGUUUUGCCCGAUAGAGAAAUGGUGCUACCGGCGAACGCAAACGUGUACUACGCAGUGAACACCGCGUACAACCUGAACUUCAUCCUGCGCCCGCGCAAGCCGCAGCCCGAGCCCGUGGCCAACGGCCGCGCGCGCAAGCGCCCGUGACUGCGUCCUCUGUGGCGUUCUUCGCACACGUGAAGUGCUUUCGAACAUCGAGCUGGCCACAUAGAAUAAAAAAGAAAAACAUCAAGUAAUGUAAUAUUGUCUAUGCACUGGCCACAUGUAAUAAAAAAUAACAUCAAGUGAUCUUGUCUGUUGACUGGCCACAUACAAUAAAAAAUAAUAUCGAGUGACCUUGUGGACUACUUUUCUGCUAUACUCAUCGCUUCGUCCAGUGGAUAUCAGAUAAUCGAGGCGCGUCUUUUUGUGUGUUUUUGAACUAUACCGAACUAAGUGCAACACGUGAUAUUGACAAAUGUUCGAUUACCUUUAGACACAGGCGCACAAACCCAAAUGUCCCUUUACACAGAAGCUUUUUAUGGGCAGGUUGGAAGUCAUAUACUCUGACUGAAUAUAACGAAAAUAAGGUGUUGUGUGUAUUGGUAGCUACGUGAUACAUUCGGGACCUCUAGUUUCUGAGUUCGGUGGAUGUCGUGACAACUUGUCAAAGUUUAGUCAGUCAUAGCACGUCAUCAUAGUUAAUUUUUAUGACUGGCUGUCACCAACACCAGCUGAGCUCUAACGCCUUCAAAGAAGAAUUUCUUUUCUGCCUGUGUAUGCAUGCAUGUUGAUGUAUUAAGCUGUUAAUUUUUGCCACUGAGCUCAGAAACUGAUGGUAAUUGUAAAUGUGUGAAAAGUGUUGAGUUAGAUACGACUGUAUAUCUGGAGUUACAUAAAAGGGCCAAACCCAAUACAAUCCGGGGUAGCAUUCCUGUGAUCUUGUACAAAUCUUUCGAGUUCCUUUGGUAUUUAUUAUACUCCUUGUGUGAAUUUGUAUACUCAUUGUGACUAUUCGCAAGAACUGUUCAAUGUCUGUGUUCAUAGUGUACUUGUAUAGUGCAUUUUGAAGUGUUUAUAUUGAUAACUGAUGUAAAUAAUAAAGUAAUACCAUGCCACCUUAUAGAAUUAAACCGUCAUUGUUGUUUAGUCGCCUAUGUAUACUCUUAGAUGUGACAACAUGUUUGUAUAUAAGAAAAUUGUGUAUAUAAAGAAUCUCAUAAAUCUAAAACGAUACUGAGCCAAAGGCAGAUUGUUAUGUCUUGUAGUAAGGUGCUGUCUCUCUUAUACAACAAUAUAAUAGUAGCUUUAAAUUAGUAAAAUGUUGGAAAACCGAAUUUCAUUAAUGUAUAAUCAUAACAUUAAUAACCUAACAAAUACUGAAAAUAAAUAUUUUCGUCCAUUUUUUCAGUUUAGUAGAAAGUUGCAAAGAAACCAAUCUUCAUUAGUUGCAAGCAAUAGUAGGUAGCCAAUUUAUAUAACUGAUAUUAAAUUUAUUCAGCGAAAUUUUCCGAGGCAUUUAUUUUUUUUUCAUUCUAAUUGGAUCGUGUAUUGGCAAAAGGUAUAAUAAUGUUGAAAUGAGACUAUUUGUAUGUGUAUUGUAUUAAAAUUGUCAUAAUAAAAUAUAGCAAAGUUUAUUGUACUAGAACAAUUUAUUAAAUAUUUUUGUAUUUAUGAACUUUAUAUUGUGUACUUUCCAAGAAAGUUGAUUAAUUUAGUAUUAUUAAAUAUAAUAAUCGAUCAUAUUUAAAACUUACUCAAAGGAAAUAAUUAGAUAUUAUUUGUUUUUUUUUUUAUAUUUUGGAUAUUUUUUAAUCUAAUUAGCAGGACUUUUUGCAUUAAGGCUGAGUUAAACAUUUAUUUAUUAUCAUAUUAUCAUUUAAGUAUACAUAUUAGAAAUUUCUUAUUUUUUCGGAUUUACUGUUUAAAUGUGUACACCUAUUUGUUUGUGUAUGUAUAUUUGUAUGUUACCUGCCCGAUGCAUGACUCAUUCAUUAACUAUUGUCUGUAAAUACUUUGUACCUAAUUAUUUGUAAUUUUGUAGUUUUCCACCUACGUCCGUAACAUGUUUAUAACUGUGUAAUAAACGUUAAUGAUACCCCUUA